AUGACGGCGGCUCGGACAACAAAAGCAUCAGCCGGCGCCCCAGGCCUGUCGGUGGCAGAGCAGCGGCGGGAGGGGGUGAUGCGCGGGCUUCCUCCUUCGCCCUCGUCAGUCCGCGGGCGUCACCUCCCGCCGGCAGCAGCACAGCCGCAGGGCUUCCAGGAACCGAGCCCCCGUCACCUCAAGGUUGAAAAAAAUGAUGAGGACCAAAAGAUUGAACAAGAUGGCAUCAAACCAGAAGAUAAAGCUCAUAAGGCCGCGACCAAAAUUCAGGCUAGCUUCCGUGGACACAUAACGAGGAAAAAGCUCAAAGGAGAGAAGAAGGGUGAUGCCCCAGCCGCGGAGGCGGAGGCGAAUGAGAAGGAUGAAGCCCCCGUCGCUGACGGUGCGGAGAAGAAGGAGGCAGAAGGUUCCACUCCCGCUGAAGCGGCCCCAGCCGCCGGCCCCAAGCCCGAAGAGACCGGCAAAGCCGGCGAAACUCCUUCCGAGGAGAAGAAGGGGGAGGGCGCCCCCGAGGCUGCCACAGAGCAGGCAGCGCCCCAGGCUCCUGCCCCCUCGGAGGAGAAGGCCGGCUCUGCUGAGACAGAAAGUGCCACUAAAGCUUCCACUGACAACUCGCCGUCCUCCAAGGCCGAAGACGCGCCAGCCAAGGAGGAGCCUAAACAAGCCGACGUGCCUGCUGCUGUCACUGCUGCUGCCGCCGCCGCCACCCCUGCUGCAGAGGACGCUGCUGCCAAGGCAACAGCCCAGCCUCCAUCGGAGACUGCGGAGAGCAGCCAAGCCGAGGAGAAGAUAGAAGCUGUAGAUGAAACCAAACCUAAGGAAAGUGCCCGGCAGGAUGAGGGUAAAGGAGAAGAACGCGAGGCGGACCAAGAACAUGCCUGAACUUUAAGAAAUGGCUUUCCACAUCCCCACUCUCCCCUCUCCUGAACCCUGUCGCUCCUCACCCUCUUCUCAACUCCUCUCUGAAGUUUCCCUUCCU